UUCAACAAUGGUAUCAUUGGUGCAAGAGUUUACAAGGCCAGGCACCCCAACCAAAGAGAAAACAGUGAGCCCAGUCUUCGUCCGAGGCGAGGAUGAACGCCCCAAGAUCAGCUACAACGACUUCAGCCAAGACAUUCCAAUCAUCUCUCUGGCCAAUCUCAACAGCUCCAUCCAUCGCGCUGCUAUCAGUGAGCAGCUUACACAAGCCUUCGAAGAGUGGGGCAUCUUCCAAGCGGUCGACCAUGGCAUCGACCCAGCCCUCAUGGCCCAAAUGACUGCCCUCACCAGGGCCUUCUUCUCCCUCCCCCUCCAUGAGAAACAACGCUUCAGUAUCUCUCAAGGAAAACCCGGAGGCUUCGUUGUAAGCAGCCACGUGCAUGAGGACGAGGCCGUGAUGGACUGGCGGGAGCUCAUGAUCUAUAUUACGUACCCGGUGCAAGCGCGAGACUACUCUCAGUGGCCUGAGAAGCCAGAGGGAUGGAGAGAGGUGGUGGAUGAAUACAGUGCACGGCUCAGGGAAUUGGGAUGCAAAAUUGUAGAGGUCUUGUCUCACGGGCUGGGGCUCGACAGAGAAGUCAUGGUUCAUGCCUGCGGACGUGUGGAUCAGAGACUGGUGCUGAAUUACUACCCGGAGUGCCCGCAGCCGGAUAUGACGCUGGGGCUGAGGCGGCACACCGAUCCGGGGAUUGUAACGCUGCUGCUGCAGGACCAGGUGGGGGGGUUGCAGGCGACCAAGGACGGUGGGAAGACUUGGAUCACUGUGCUGCCAGUUGAGGGUGCUCUCGUUGUAAACUUAGGUGACCAUGCCCAUUUCUUGAGUAAUGGCAAGUUCAAGAAUGCAGACCACCAAGUGGUGGUGAACUCUGAGCAAAGCCGGAUCUCGAUUGCCACCUUUCAUAAUCCAGCUCCAGAAGCCAUGGUGUAUCCGCUAAAGCUGGAGGAAGGAGAGAAGGCCAUACUUGAUGAGCCCAUAACUUUCAAAGACAUGUACCGCAACAAGAUGGGUCGUGAUCUAUAGCUUGCCUACCUCACUCAAGAAAAAAGGAUCGGAUUUGCCAAGCCUUUUGGGAUUCCUUAUUUAGAUUCAUCCCUUGUUCUUAGUAUAUGAGGGGCUUCGUUGUUACCAUGCAAUGUAUGUGUAGUUGGUUGUACUAGGUCUUGUGCAUUUCUUGUUCCAAUAUUAAUUCUCCCUCCCUGCGAAUCGA